UAAUUUUUAUAUUACCUUUCCGGAUAUUACUUUUUCAUAUUUCAAUCAGUUCUUUGCAUUGUGUUACGGGAAAUUCCACUACCACUAAGGUAUAUCUAAGUAGAUUUUGACCAGCUAUUACCAUUUCGAAAUACACCCCGCUGAGCUACGAGCACAUUCAGGUUUUAUGUGUUAAACAUAUUACCCUUUUCGUAUUUUCAAUCAACAUAGAAGCAGCACAAUGAAAAUAACCAAAGUUUCCAUCCAUGUUGUAUUGUUCCACUUCUUCUGCUUCAUAUCGAUCGUACCAUCGGCGUCAAUUCCUGUCCAAUGUAAAAUACCAACCAAUUUGAAAAUCCUAUAUGAGAAUAUUGCCAAUAUACCAGCAGUUGGAAGUGACCAAGUCGCAGUAACCGAUGAGGAUAAAACUUGCCCAACAGCUUUACUUUCUACUGUUAUCCGCGAACGUUCCACCUGCCCUUGGUAUCUUAAAAUGGUCUACGAUUCAUUAGUUUAUCCUCCAUUACGUACGGAAGCUGUAUGUCGCUGUCGAAACUGUCUUGACUCUGACAACAACCACCAAUGUGUGACUGUAUACACUAAAAUGACUGUCCUCAAACGUACAGGUGAAUGUGUUGAUGGACAAUAUGUGUAUAAACCAAGUGUGAUUGAGAUAGCUACAGCCUGCGUCUGCGCACGGAAGAUCGAUGUCCAGAGCGAUAGCAUAAAUUAUGUGACAUAAAAAUCAGCUGACUACCAAAUUAUUCAAUGCGUGUAACGCAAAUGUUAUUCAUAUGAAAUUAAAGUUGACCACUGUGUGGUUAUUAUAGUUUACAAGCGCGCGUAAAGACAAACAAACAUACACACAUAUUUCUGUCUGUCUGUCUGUCUAUCUAUCUAUCUAUCUAUCUAUCUAUCUAUCUAUCUAUCUAUUUAUGUAUGUAUGUAUGUAUGUAUGUAUGUAUGUAUGUAUGUAUGUGUCUAUUUAUCUAUCUACCUAUCUAUAUAUCUAUCUACAUAACCAACAUUUUUUUGUGCGUAUUUCAACCUUUAUGUAGACGUACGAUGUUAUAAUUUUGCGUUUUAUUUAAAUGCAUAUAUACUGAAAUAAAAUAUACAUUUAUUUAAAUGUAUGUGACUUUGAAAUAUGUAGUCAUUGAAAUACGCACGUUAGGACCAACACCGAAGUCCUGACUUGUGCUGGCCUCCCUUCCAUGUACACCUUACUGAGACAACGUCGACUACGCUGGCCGUAUGGAGGAUGGCCAAAUCCCAAAAGUCAUUCUCUGCGGAGAACUCGCAGCAGGGCAGAGAAACAAGGGCUGCCUGCAGCUGAGGUACAAGGACGUGUGCAGGAGUGACAUGAAGGCGCUCAACAUCGACAUCAACUUUUGAGAGGACCUGGCAGUGGACCGCACCCGGUGGAAAAGCACACUUCUCAAACAACUAUGGAUCGGUGAGGAGAAGCUGUCAGCUGCAGCUGCAGAAAAGCGAGCACGAUGUAAGGGAUCGACAGCCGACAGACCAGAUCUAUGCGGCCGAGACUGUUAUUUGCGCAUUGGUCACCAUAGCCACAGCACGCGCUGCUCAAGCCGAGCGGCCCAACUUAGACAGUAACUGGACGGACGUGAUACCCAUGGUUAGCUGUGACCAAGGUGGCCCAAAGAUAUAUACGUGUUUGUGUAUUGUGUGUGUGUGUGGGGGGGGAGGGUAUAUGUGGCCAUGCUGGAGCACCGCACACACACACACACACACACGACGGGCUACCAAAUCCACUCACAAGGCUUUGGUCUGCCCGAGGCUAUAGUAGAAGAUUCUUGCCCAAGGUGCCACGCAGUGGGACUGAACUCGGAACCAUGUGAUUGGUAUGCAAGCUACUUACCACACAGCCACUCCGGGCAGAAUAGUUAGCACGACAGGCAAAAUGCUAACAGCAUUUUGUCCGUCAUUACUUUCCGAGUUCAAAUUUCGCCGAAGUCGACUUCGACUUUCAUACUUGGGAGUCCUUAAAACAAGUACCAGUCAAGCGUAUGUGUCGAAGUAAUCGAAUUCCUCUCUCUUUCGAAUUGGUUGGGCUUGUGCCAAAAUUUGAAACCAAUAAUAACUGCAUAUAGUUAUAAAUACAUUUAUAACAAAUGCGCAUACAAAUAUUUAUAUAAAUCAUAUAUGCAUGAAAUAUACAAUACA